AUGGACGAGCUGGAGGCCGGCCUGCUCGCCGACGACGCGCCCCGUCUCCGAGCUGGAGGAAAAAAGAAAAAGGCGAAAGCGAGCAAGGAGGGCAAGAGCAAGGAGGGCAAAGAGAGCAAGGAGGGCAAGGAGGGCGGUGAUGACGCCGAGGGCGGCGGCGGCGACGACGAGCCGGAGGAGGGCGGCUCGGCGAAAAAAGCGAAAAAGGGCAAGAAGCCCAAGGUCAAGUCGACGAUCCCCGUGCCGCGCGCCAUCCCCGAGGAGGACUCGCGAAAGCCGUGCAGAACCGCCUUCGUCGUGUUCAUCGUCUGCUGGGUGAUUGGGGCGCUGGCGUGCCUGGUCGGCUUCUUCUUGGAGAUGAACGCGCUCGGCCAGGACGACAAG